UGGAGUGGAAGCUAAACAGCCCAACUCUGCCAUCAGGAAGUGUGUUAGAGUUCAGCUGAUUAAGAACGGCAAAAAAAUAACAGCUUUUGUUCCCAACGAUGGCUGCCUGAACUUCAUUGAGGAAAACGAUGAAGUUCUGGUUGCUGGUUUCGGUCGGAAGGGUCACGCUGUUGGUGACAUUCCUGGAGUUCGCUUCAAGGUUGUCAAAGUAGCCAAUGUUUCUCUGUUGGCGUUGUACAAGGGCAAGAAGGAGAGACCAAGAUCAUAAAUUUAGUUUAAUUUGACAAGAAUUUCAAUAAAAUUUUUGAUUGGAAAAA